AGAUGCUGAGUACUAUCACUCCUUUGAUAAGGAAAUCAACAGGGAGGAGAGGACGGGGGCGGAGUCCCUCUGAGCACGAUGGGUCUCGAGCCCGCGGCCUUGCAGAACGUCUUGGACGGCUGCAGCACUUCCGGUCAGGGCACCAUCAACAUCCGGCUGAACCCAGGGUCCGUGCUAGGUGCGGUGGAGGUGGCGACGGAGGCCGGGUUCGUCUGCAAGGCGUGCAGACUGGUCUUCAGCUCGGAGGCCGCAACGCAGGGACAUCAGAAGAGUUGCAGCUCGGAGGGCGUCCUGCGCCUCAUCCGAUCCAGAUACUCCUGCACUCGUUGUGAAGGUGAGGUGUUCGACUCCGUACAGAGCUUCCAGCAACACUUCGAGAGCGCGCACCCCGCGGACCCGGCGCUAGCGCCGUCCCCUGGGCUAACCCACGAGAUGGAGGACGUCGUCAACCAGAUCACCGCCCUCGCCGCCAAGGCCGCCGCUCAGAGUCCGCCCGACCCCAACGCCAACAUCUUCUGUCCGCCGCCGGAGCCCAAGAAGCCCAAGAUGUUCCACUCCGUGCCCGUGCCUAGCGCCGGACAGUAAACACAUCAGCACCGCCCGACACCACAUCACACGUAGAGUUACCAAUAUAUAUAAAUAUUUUAUUUUGUGAUAUCGAAUUUAUAUGGAUAAGAAAGUUAUUAUUUUGUGCACCGCUACGUCUGUCGGGCGGGCCUCUACAUCUACAACGACAAACUCAACCGAUCAAGACACACAGUUCCUCCUCGACAAGUCCGUGUUCCUACACCGAAUGUGACUAAUCACCUGAGACAAACUUUCUACACCGUUAACUUUGUAUAUAAGUAAUCUUUAUUAAUUAAUUAUAGUAAAAUGAAAGCGGCGGGUGCCGCCGAGGGCGCGCCUGCCGCUGCAACCCAAACCUCGCUAAUUCGCUGUAUCGUUGGCAAUUUUAAUAAUAUAAAUAUUAUAUACGGUAUCAAUAAGAGGCGAGAGCCGAUCUACUCAUCUAUAAAUAAUAUAAGCGUGUGUUUUUAAAUGUGUAAAUGUACGUUUCGUUGACCCACCCUCGCCGUCGUGGCAGCGAGCGAGGGACUCGCUGUAUAAAUUUUGUUUCGUUUACGUUUUUGGUAACGUACAGUUACGUUCGUUUUGCGUUACGUUUGGUCAGUUACGUUUCGGGUCAGCCCGGCACCGCGGUGCUGACGGGUCCAAAAUAUUUUUUUUCGGUUUUCGACACCGACACCGAUCCCCUCCCGAGCGGCGGCGGUCGUCACUUUUGUAACUAUCCGCAAGCCAGAUCGGUCCACCACGGCCGCCGCACGGACGGACGGGAUCCGGGGGCCAGUUUUGCUCCCUUUGAUUAUGUGUUGGCAUUAAAGGAACCAAAAGUGGCUCCUACGUCGUCGCCGGCGCUGGGACCGGUGGCGACGUCCCACAACUAAAUGUACUCGUCAUUCAGCCGAUAACAGUAAACCAAUCACACCGAUUCAGCGACGACAUAUCACCCCCACAAGACUGUCUCUGUCUCGCCACAUGGCCGAGGGUUCAAAAACAAAAGUACAUUUUUUUGUAAAACUUCCCAGCACCUAAGGUUCCUAUCUCUAGCUAACAUUUUACUAAGGUUCCUGAUCCAAAUGCUUUUCUAUAUAAUAAUUAUUACGAUAUAAGAUUUAAUUGUACUGUUUCUUAGUUAAGUGUGACAGGUGUUGAUGUUAGUGUAAUGGUAAUGUUUUGAUGCCUCGGACACAGAUACAGUAAGAUAGUAUAGGGUCUAUCCGACUGCUCACUGUUCUUUUACACGGAUCAAUCGCGAUCCUCAAUGCUAUGGCACAACUCCUCAUGUUCCUAUACUUCGUUGUUACGCCUCCUCGGUAUGCUAGUUCCUAGUCACAACUACCUACCUCCACCGAGCGACUCUCAGAAAGUCCACCUACUCAUAUAAAACAUCGAUCGAUCAACAAAAAAAUACAAGAGGGUAAUCUUCUUUUUUCAAAAAAUUUACACUUUUUAAUUUUGACAAUAUUAUACUAGCUGUACCCGCGGGCUUCGCCCCGUUUAACUUCAUAAGUAUUCGCAUGGCUCAUUCUUUAGAUCUUCUACAUCAUUAGUAGCAAAAUUAUAGACUUUUCAUUUUGGCAAUUACAGAUUAAAAACAAGGACUUUCUGAUAGUUGUCUUGACGUUAAGGUUUUCUUUUCGCCUCAAAACGUUUCUUCAAGCUUGAACUAACAAUACUAACAACUUAUAAAAUAAUUUGCAUGAUGCAUGUAUGUACUUCUGUUGUGAUUUUAUCCCUUUUAUUUUCCAAAUCAAUUCAAACCGGAAAAUAUUUUCUGAUUUAUUUUCAUUUUGUGGAGUUGAUUUUCAAAAUUUGCAUGGCGUGUAUUCCUCGAAUCAAUUUUUUUCUGCUUUUUCACUAACCUCGUUUUAUCACAAAACUCUUGUGAUUUUCUCUUUUUCCUUUAUUAUAUUUUUUAUUGCCCUCAAAGAACCUUGGAUGCUGUUUAUUUUAUCCCAGUGCUUUUGUUUUUGCCCUCCAUUUUGUUUGUUGUAUUUAGUAUUUUCGUUGUACAUACUGUAUAGUUAGUAUUGUUAGUCAAAGCCCCACCCAAGCAGUGUGACUGUAUUGUUAAAUCUCGUAUUUAUUUGUAAUAUUUAUGUAUUUAGUCACGUUUCGUUGUACAUGCUCAUAUUUAUUUACGUUACGCCUCUAGUAUUGUUUACUACACUAUUAAUAUUAUAUUAUAUUUAUUUCUCUCGACGUUGAUUGUGAUGUAUAUACAGUUUAUUAUCAGUUAUCUUCUGGGUCAUUACAUUGAGGACUACAUAGAAGUGUGUGUGUGUGCGAAUGAAUGGUUGCAAGUGUGAGAGAAAGUCAGAUACAUUUUAAAAAGGUUACAAAACGAAACAACUAUUUUACACAAAUGACUGGUGAUGUUUUUGUUUUUACGGGAUUCUCAAACAUAGCCUGCCCAUAUUGUACCAGAAAAAACUAUCUGCAUUGUAUAAAUGGUAAUAAACUACUAGUUUAUGAGUA